ACGCUUCGACGUUUCGCCAAAUCCUAAACCCUACGUCGUCCGGGUAGACAUAUCGUCAUAACCCCCGCCAACUGAAAACCCAAAACAACCUCGAUCCUUUCCCAUAGGCAUCCCGACCACUCACUCGCCAGAAUGUCGAGCCAGCCCCUCCUCCAGACUGCGCCGGGCAAGCGCAUCGCCCUCCCGACCCGUGUCGAGCCCAAGGUCUUCUUCGCCAACGAGCGCACCUUCCUCUCCUGGCUCAACUUCACCGUCAUCCUCGGCGCCCUCGCCAUCGGCAUGCUCAACUUUGGCGAUCGCCCCGCCUUCAUCAGCGCCUUCCUCUUCACGGGCGUCGCAAUGUUGACCAUGAUCUACGCCCUGGCGACGUAUCAUUGGCGAGCCAAAUCCAUCCGUGUGCGUGGGCAGGCUGGUUUCGAUGACCGCUUCGGCCCCACGUUCCUGGCCAUCAUCCUGCUGCUGGCCGUCGUCGUCAACUUUGUGCUGAGGAUAACGUACUCCUCCAACGAGCACAAGCACCACGGCGGGGCCUAAGUGCUCAACAGAGACAGGCAGAUGGAGUUGCAGUCGUGUGGCUCGGUGUGGCAGCGUCGAGGGGAUCUCAAGAGGCGAUGUGUGGGAGGAAAGAGGUGGCCCCAGGAUCAUGGUGACGAAGUCAGGCUUUGAAUCGAACAGAUGGGAGGACAGGCGUGGGGGCGGGGUGUACAGUAAGAUUGAUCUUACGAGUUUACUGAAUUAGACAGAAUGCAUUAGCAAGGAGC